GUUGAGCAGGAGCGGAGCGGAAGGCCGGAGCCCCCCAGCAGCCCCCCAGCAGCCGCCCUCCGAGCUCCCCCCAAACCCUCCCGGCGCCUCUCUCGCUCCUUUCGCCCUCACCACGGCCGCUCUCGGCGAGGAAACUCUGGCCUCCUCCGCUUCCUCCUCCUCCGACUCGGACACCGGCGGAGCGUCGCCGCCCCCGCGGAAAAAGCACCGAGCUUCGGCGGCGGAGGGAGCAGGAGAGCCCGGGGCUUCGGCGGGCCUUCCCGCGGCGCUGGUUCUGGCGCUAGCUGCUUCUCCCUCGGACACCAGGACAGCUGCCUUCCUCACCCGGAGCUCCCAAGCCAGCCUCGGCUCCAGCAUGCAGUCCAACGGGGCGGGUCAGAGCCAGAGCCAGAGCCAGAACCAGGACCAGAGCCAGGGCCAGGAUCCGGCGGCUCUCUCUUGCCUGAGCGCCGCGCAGAACGGAGAGUCUUCCUCGGCCGCCGGAGCUCACUCCAACGGGCUUCUCUCCGGCGCCAGCAACGGGGCCGGAGCCGGGUCUGGAGCUCCGACCACGGUCCUCGGUUCGGAGCUCGGCUCGCUGAAAAAGAAGAAGCGGCUCUCUCAGGCGGAGGAGGACGUGAUCCGCCUGAUUGGGCAGCAUCUGCACGGCUUAGGGCUGAAUCAGACGGUGGAUCUGCUCAUGCAGGAAUCUGGCUGUAGACUUGAACAUCCUUCUGCUACCAAGUUUCGGAACCACGUGAUGGAAGGAGAAUGGGACAAGGCAGAGAACGACCUCAGCGAGCUCAAAGCCUUGAUGCACUCACCCAACGCUGUCGUGAGGAUGAAGUUCCUGCUCCUGCAGCAGAAGUAUCUUGAGUACUUGGAGGACGGGAAGGUUCUGGAAGCGUUACAGGUGUUGAGAGGAGAACUGACGCCACUCAAGUACAACACAGACCGCAUCCACGUUCUCAGCGGGUAUCUGAUGUGUAGCCAUGCGGAGGACCUGAGGGCGAAGGCUGAGUGGGAGGGAAAAGGGGUCAGCUCACGCUCCAGACUACUGGACAAACUACAGACAUACCUCCCCCCCUCGGUGAUGCUGCCUCCACGGAGACUCCACACACUCCUGCGGCAGGCGGUGGAGCUGCAGAGGGACCGCUGCCUUUACCACAACACCAAGCUGGACAACAGCCUGGACUCAGUGUCUUUACUGCUGGACCACGUCUGCAGCAGAAAGCAGUUCCCGUGUUACACCCAGCAGAUCCUGACAGAGCACUGUAACGAGGUUUGGUUCUGCAAGUUCUCCAACGACGGCACCAAACUGGCCACAGGCUCCAAAGACACCACCGUCAUCGUGUGGCAGGUGGACCCGGAGACACACCAGCUGAAGCUGUGGCGGACGUUGGAGGGACACGCUUACGGAGUGUCUUACCUGGCCUGGAGUCCGGACGACACUUACCUCAUCGCCUGCGGACCGGACGACUGCUCUGAACUCUGGCUCUGGAACGUACAGACAGGAGAACUGCGUACGAAAAUGAGCCAGUCUCACGAGGACAGUCUGACCAGCGUUGCCUGGAACCCUGACGGUAAAAGAUUCGUGACGGGCGGACAGCGGGGGCAGUUCUAUCAAUGCGAUCUGGACGGUAACCUGCUGGACUCAUGGGAAGGCGUGCGUGUGCAGUGUCUGUGGUGUCUCAGUGACGGACGGACUGUUCUGGCCUCCGACACGCAUCAGCGUAUCCGUGGUUACAACUUUGAGGACCUUACAGAUAGAAACAUAGUUCAGGAGGACCACCCUAUCAUGUCUUUCACUGUUUCCAAGAAUGGAAGAUUAGCUUUGUUAAAUGUAGCAACUCAGGGAGUCCAUCUCUGGGACCUGCAGGACCGUGUGCUGGUCAGGAAGUAUCAGGGAGUGACCCAGGGCUUCUACACCAUACACUCCUGUUUCGGAGGACACAACGAGGACUUCAUUGCCAGUGGCAGCGAAGAUCAUAAAGUCUAUAUCUGGCACAAGCGCAGUGAGUUGCCGAUAGCGGAGUUGACGGGUCACACUCGUACGGUGAACUGUGUGAGCUGGAACCCGUGUGUGCCGAGUCUGAUGGCCAGCGCCUCCGACGACGGCACCGUCCGCAUCUGGGGCCCCGCCCCCUUCCUGGACACACAGGAAGCGGACGGAUUCAACGAGAACUGCAGCAGUAUGGACAGUUGAUGGUGAAGUCUUAUUUUCAAACACAGAGGAAUUCUGAGAGAGAGAGACAGAGUGAGAGAGAGAGAGAGAGAGCAGUUCUUCAUCAUCUUCCACCGCAAGACGACAAACAACCGAGCGAAGAGUGAGAGUGGAAACCGACAGAAGCAGAGUUCAAAGUUCAGAGUUCAGUUCACGUUUUUGCGCCGGCUGCAUCGCGAUAGUGUGUGUGUGUGUUUGUGUGUGUGUGUGUGUGUGUGUGUGUGUGUGUG